AGACACCCCCGACAGCCUCCACACCUGUUUCCCAGCCCAGUCUUUCCAGACUCCACUCCUGUCCUUCUAGGGGAACAGGACAGGCUGAAUCGAAAAUGUCUGUAUGGCUGUGUACCCCACUGCCUAAUAAAACUUGACUGACGCACAGAGUUCUCAAGGGACAUGAGAGAACGUGAUUUAUCCUUCCCCUGGGUUUACCCCACUUGCCCGCCCCACCUAUUUUACCCAGCACCCCCAGGGUGCCAUAAGCACCUCCCACUGGGCUUCCACUGUUCUCCACCUCCAGGCUGUCUCACUGAUCGUGGACACCAGCGCUCCCUCGGACCUGCUCUCUGUCCAAAGCCCAGCGCGUGCACAAAGCCUGGCCAGGUAUGGAUUAUUUGGGGAAGAUCUUCUCCAUAGUCCAGAAAAUGCGGGAGCAGUGCAAAAAGAUGAAAUACUGCCAGAAUCAAAGCCUGCGUCUGCAGGAACGCGUGAGUGGGCUCCACCAGGCUCUGCAGUCACUUGGGGACAAAGGGAUGAAGUAUCUGUCCCCUGAGAUAACUGCUGCCCUGAAUGAUUUCGAAAAUGCCCUGAAGAAGGCUAUGGAUGAGUUGGAAAACUACAACACUCAGUCCAAUAUCAGGAAGUUUGCAGUGGCAGAUGGCGACAAGAUACUCUUCAAGGAAGUCAACCAGAAGCUGGAAGACGUCUGGGAGCUGUUAAUGCUGCAGCUUCAGAUUGCUCAGUACAGUGCAAGCACCAGCCGAGGAGAAUCCUGGGCACAGGAAGAUCAGAGUGAUGCAGACAAAGACAGACAACUUCAGGCUUUGCAAAGCCUGAGCAGGGAUAAUAAAACAAUGGACGCUACACUGAGACGAUUAGAAAAGUACAUGGAAGACAUCAAGGACACCUUGAAGGAGUACCUGCCAAGACCUGUGCAGAAGACAGCCCAGGAGCAAAUCAAGGAGAUUAAGGAGGAAGAGCUAUCAGGAUCCCCGUGGACCCUGCUGAAGAAGAGUGAAUUCAGCGAACUUUAUAAGGGAGAGUAUCACAGGUCUCCAGUGGCCAUAAAAGUAUUCAGUAAAGCCCAGGUCAAAAGCACUGGAAUAGUGAGAGAGCAUUUCCGCAAGGAGAUCAGCGACAUGCGGACGUUUGAUUCCCCCAGUAUCCUGCGUAUAUUUGGGAUUUGCAUUAUGGAAAGAGGAAGUGCGCCUCGAUUCUGCCUGGUCUCGGAGUACUGCGAGCGCGGAAGCCUGAGAGACGUGCUGGAUGAAGACAAGAACCUUAGGCUGGGUGUGCGCUGGCUCCUGGCCCAGGGAGCAGCCACGGGCUUGUACAGCUCACAGGAUUUGAGUUGAGAGAAACACAGACUUCCAUCAGUCAGAAAAUUAAGGGGAACAAAACAGCGUACUCCUCACCCCAGAGACUGGAAAGUCCGUUUCACAAAUAUGACAUUAAAGCUGAAAUAUACAGCUUUGGAAUAGUCCUCUGGGAAAUCGCCACCGGGAAGAUCCCGUUUGAAGGCUGUAAUUCUAAGGAGAUCUACCAGCUGGUUUUUGAGAAGCAGCAGCAGGAACCACUAGGCGAAGACUGCUGUCCCCUGCUACAGGAGAUCAUUGAUGAGUGCCGGGCCUAUGAGCCCUCUGCGCGGCCCUCUGUGGAGGAAAUCCUACGGAGACUAUCUGCCUUUACUGAGCAGCAUGUGAAAGCCUGAAGCAAGGGGUCCUGGACAAGAGGUGGGAGAAACACAAAAAGGACGUCUCUGACUCAGACAUUUUGAUAAAUGAUUUCCUGUAUCCACACCUCUUGGCAGUGUGACUUUGCCACUUGUCUCAGAUGGACCUGGUGGUGCCCACCUUUAGUCCCAGCACUUGGGAGGCUGAGGCAGGAAGAGUGCCAUGAGUUUGAGGUCAACCUGGGCUACAUAGUGAGUUCAAGGGCAGCCUGAAGUACAUGACAAGACCCUGUCUCAAUAACAGAAAAAAAAAAAAAAGCAAAAUCUGUUCCCCACCAUUUGAAUCUGGCCUGACAUUGUGACUUGAUUUGGUCAAUAAAGUGUAAAAGAAGUGACAGUAUGUCAGUUCCCAGCCUAGACUUCAGGAGGCCUUACAAUGUCCACUCCCUCGCUUGGACCUCUACCCAGGCGUGAGCCAGCUGGGCUAGUGCACUGGAGGACAGGAGCCAAAUGGCGGACACCUGUCCCAGCCGAGAUCUCGCGAGACCAGCCAGCCUCGCCGCUGACCCAGAUGAGAGCCCAGUGGAGACCAAAGAACCUUCCAGCGGUGUCCAGCCCUACUUGCCCCCUCACAGAAUCAGGAGCUAAAUAAAGGAAUUGUUGUCUUUGGCCAUUA